GCCCGGAUCUCUUGUUACGGCCGCCAUUUUAAUACUCGGGUCGGACCGCGUAGUCAGUCAAUCUCUUUCCUUUGCGUCGGUGUCCGCGCGCUUUUUUUUCCCCCCCGCUCCCCCCUUUUUCGGCCCGUUCCCACUAUGGAGGAGAACACCGACUACGGCAGUAGCAACAACAACAACAACACAAGCUCCGGCGGUGGCGGCGGCGGCCAGGAAGAGUUCGCCGAAGGCUCGAAGAUCAACGCCAGCAAGAACCAGCAGGAUGACGGUAAAAUGUUCAUUGGUGGUCUAAGCUGGGAUACGAGCAAAAAAGACUUGACCGAGUAUUUGUCUCGCUUUGGCGAAGUGGUGGAUUGCACAAUAAAAACAGAUCCUGUCACAGGGAGGUCAAGAGGGUUUGGGUUUGUGCUUUUCAAAGAUGCUGCCAGUGUGGAGAAGGUCUUGGAAUUGAAAGAACACAAAUUGGAUGGCAAGUUAAUAGAUCCCAAAAGGGCAAAAGCUCUGAAAGGGAAAGAGCCACCCAAAAAAGUGUUUGUUGGUGGACUGAGUCCGGAUACAUCUGAAGAACAAAUCAAGGAGUAUUUUGGCGGUUUUGGAGAGAUUGAGAAUAUAGAGCUUCCCAUGGACACAAAAACAAACGAAAGGAGAGGUUUCUGCUUCAUCACAUACUCGGAUGAAGAACCAGUAAAGAAAUUGCUGGAAAGCAGAUACCAUCAGAUUGGUUCUGGCAAGUGUGAGAUCAAAGUAGCACAGCCCAAAGACGUAUAUAGGCAGCAACAGCAGCAACAAAAGGGAGGCAGAGGUGCUUCAUCUGGUGGGCGUGGGGGAUCCAGAGGACGUGGCAGGGGUCAAGGCCAAAAUUGGAAUCAAGGGUAUAACAAUUACUAUGAUCAAGGAUAUGGAAGUUACAACAGUCCUUACAGUGAUCAAAGCUACAGCAGCUAUGGGGGAUAUGAUUAUUCUGGGUACAAUUACCCAAGUUACGGCUAUGGCCAGGGAUAUGCUGACUACAGUGGACAGCAAAGCACAUAUGGAAAGGCAUCCCGAGGUGGCGGUAAUCACCAAAACAACUACCAGCCAUAUUAAAGAAAUACUUGGGAAGAAACAGGUGUGUAUUGGGUGAAUGCGUCACCUCUCCUAUGUCUAAUCUAAUUUAAAGAUCAAUAGACAAAUAAUUUUUUUAAAAAAAUCACUUCUCUUGGAUAGCUUGUUUUUUUUUAAAAAAGGAAAAUUAAAAGUGUGAAUGUCUGUUAAACUUUCUGUUUUAAGUGUCUAUAGAUCUUUAACUCUGUAAAAGGUGAUUCGUCGUCCUUAAGCAUGUCAGAGAAACAUAAGAGUUUUUCUGUUUACAUUUUUUGUGUGCCAGGUGGUGUAGACGAAUAAUUAAACUUAAUAGAAGUGUUAACCAACAGGUAAAGUACUGAAAUG